GAGGGUACCCAGCCACUCAGAUAGAUAUGGACCAGACUGUCAAAAACCUGAAGUUUUUGUCAAGUGUACAAACAGUCAAACAGAAGGAAAAAUGUACAUACACUCAAGGCCCAGCAAUUUAAAGGAUACUAUAUGGCUUUAUUAUUCCCAAAAUGACACACUAAUAAAAUGUCUGUAAGCCCAAGCCUGUGUUCAAAAAUCAAUUUUUCAAAACUAUUUAGUCAAAAAAAAAAAAAAAAAAAAAAAGCUUUAAUUGAUGAGCCAAAAAACUAUCAAAUGAAUCAUGGCAACAUCUACAGCAUCAUCUCUCUUCCCUUUCUCAGCACCAAUUCAUCAUCAACAGCAUCAAAUUAAUCAGAAAAACAACAUUGUUUCUACUUCCAUCUUCAACAACAAAUCUCAACCACUCAUUUCAUCUCUCACCUUAUCCAAACAUAAACACCUCCAUUAUUCCACUCAAAAACCCAGAAAUUUAAGUGCAUUAUCUGCUGUUUCUUCUGAAGAUGCUGCAGUAAUUCCAUCAGAAACAACCCAGGAAAUAGUCUCUGCUACAACUUCUGGGGAUGAUGGUGUUUCCAUUAUUAUUUCAAUUCUUUUGUUCAUUGCCUUUGUUGCCCUCUCAAUCCUCACCAUUGGAGUUAUAUAUAUUGCAGUGACAGAAUUUCUGACAAAAAGAGAGAGAGAGAAGUUUGAGAAAGAAGAGGAAGCUAAAAAGAGUAAGAAAGUUGGAAAGAAGGGUAAAGUGAAGGCUAGAGCUGGUCCUAGAGGUUUUGGUCAGAAGAAGAUUGAUGAUGAUUUUGAAGAUGAUUAGCUAUAAUAUUUUGUUUCAUUUUGGUUCAUUUUUGCCUAAUUGUAUUGCAUUAGUGGAUGAUUGAAUCAAUAGAAAUUAAUCUCAUUCUCGAGUUCUUGCAAAUUGAUGGUUGGUAACUUGGUAUGUUAUGAUUCUACUAGUCUACUAGACACACUAAUUUUCCCAGAAGUUGUUUGUCACAUACCUACUCAAGAAAUGUUCAGUUUUAUUUUAGGUUGCUUAUGAACAAGAAACUGCUGAAAUUGCUCAUCA